AUGAAACGAAGGCUUUCUGGUCAUCAGUUGAAUAAUAUCCAUCAUUGGAUUGAAACAAAUCCCACAAACAAGCACUUGAAAUUACCCAAUAACACCAUCACCGACCAAGUGAAAAUUAUUUUAAUUAAUUUUCAUCAAUCUCCUUUCUCUCCUUCAUCAUUGAUGAUAAAAAAUCAUCAUCAACAACAACAACAUUCUCUAAUAUCCAUUGAAAAUACUUCCCACAUCAAUCACCUCUAUGAAUUAUUGAAAAGAAAAUUUGAAAAUCAAUCCAAAGGAUUCUCAAAAUGGUUAUUCGCACGGGAACAAUGGCUACAAUGUCACUUAUCUUCCAUGAAAAUCGAAUUCAUUAACGAUUUCGAGUGUGUGCACAAGUGGACAAGUGAUCAUGACGAGUUACUUUAUGAGAAUGAUGAUUGGUUGGUGUCCAUAUUGGUGCAAAUGGUGGACAUUAGAAAAUUAUUGUUCACUAAUUCAGAUGAGCAAUUUCAUUCUGUGGAAUUUUGGAAACCUUUUCAAGAAGAAAUUUGGCAUUUAUUAAUGAAAAAGCAAUUGUCAAUCAUGAAAUACAUUCCAAAAGAGGUUUUUUUAGAAUUCAAUGAAUGGAAAGAAAAGUUGGCACAUUUAUUUCAAACAUCUUAUGGACUCAAUUUUGUGUUUGAUCUUGAUGAUAUUGACAAAGCAAUGAAAGCACUCGACGAAAAGAAGUGCCAGAUAUUUCAACUUUCAGAAGGACUGAGAGACAAUGAACAAGUUAUGAAAUAUGCCACUCAAUGUGACCCUAAAAACAUUCGAUAUGCAUCGGAACGACUGAAAAAAGAUCGAAAAUUCUGUUUGGAUGUUGUUUCAUCAAAUUUCGACUCGUUUUUUUAUCUGAAAUAUUGGAUGGACGACGAAUCAUUUGCUUUCGAAUUAUUGUGUCACUCGUCAGAUAUUACCAUUGUUGAUGGAAAAAUUCAGCAAGAGCAAAUCCAAACUUGUAUUCCAGAAAUAUGUGAAUGGAUAUCUUCAUCCGCUUGGAAAAUCAAUUUAUCAAUGGAUGACAAGAUGAAGAUUUUUCAACAAUUAUUUCUCAAAGAUUCAACAAUUCCUAAUCAUUUCAAAUCGAUCAAAAAUCUAAUGAAAUCAGCACUUCAAAAGCUUCUUGAAUUACCAGAGGAGUAUUAUCAAGCACUUCGCAAUCAUCAACACACUCUCCGUGUACAAGGAAAGUUUGCACGUUCAUUAUUCGAACAAAAUCAAAAUCUCCAAAAUGAUCGACUUGUCGAACAAGUAUUGACACGAAUUUACAAAAAUUAUGAUCAAAUUUGGAUGAAAGAUGAAAAGUUUAUUUUGAAACGCCAAGAUUUGCAUCUCUUGUUGAAAUAUGGCCCAAUGACUUUGAGAAGGGACAGAAAUUUCGUAUUGCAGGUUGUAAAUUCACAUUUUCUUCAUGAAAUCAGAUUGGAGAACAUUUUACCAGAACUACAAAACGAUCGAGAAAUAGUAUUGGCUGUCAUGACGAAAAAUGGUCGAAUGUUUUCAAAUGUGUUUGCGUUACCAAAAGAAUUUCUAAAUGACAAGGAAAUUAUUUUGACUGCUCUUAAAAGCAAUCAUCCUUGUUCGUUUAGUGACAUUCCACAAAACUUUCAUCAAGACAAAGAUUUGAUUUUGGAAAUUUUAAAUCUCCCCAUUGGGAUCAAUGUUGCACAUGAUAUCGAUCAUGUUUUUCCAAUAUUUGUUGAAAGAAAGGAUCAAGAAGUGAUUUUUGCUGCCCUUAAAAAGGAUCCAAAAUAUUGGGAUUUUCUCUCGGAUGACUUAUUGAGAAACGAUCGAGAUUUUUUGUUGGCUGCCAUAAGAAACAAUGUAGAACCAAGGGAUGUUUUAUAUUUUGCCUCAAAAGAAUUGAAACAAGAUGCAACUUUUAUGAUGGAAGUUGUAAAAGCUCACCAAGACGGAUUGAAUUCCAUUCUGUAUUCGAAAGGAUAUACAUUUCUUGACGAUAAGAGUAUUUUUUUGAAUUCUGAAAUUGGAAUUGAAGGUGUGAAAGUGUGGGGAAUCAUUUCGGGUGACAUUUUCAAUGUCUGUUUGAAUCGGCGUCCAACCGAUGUAUCUUUUGAUGGAGCUAUCAAGUUUUUUCAAGUUUUGAAACAGGUUGAGAUUUGA